CUCCUGUCAGCUUCAUGGCAGAGCCUACACUGCUGGUGUCAGGUUAAUAUUUCUGGGCAACUUCACUCUGGUGCCGAAUCCGGGAAGAUAUAACGGAUACCACGCGAAGCUCACGUUUUCCCCCCGCAAAAUCCGCAAUGAACGUUGGGUCACGACUACCCCACAUAUAACAGUUGAAUAAAGCUGGGGUUGCUUCCCCAACUUUUGCUAUUACAGUUUUGGCACAUUCGUUUCACAUUGCUGCUUAUUUACUGAGGGGCCAUGUUUGACAUCAAUCCGUACUAUGUAUUCACCAUUCUGGUGAUUGCAUCAGGAAGUAUUCCGAAAGGAUACGACGAAGGAGGGUUUAGUGCCUCUGUUGGAUUGAAGUCAUUCAAGAAUGAUUAUGGGCUGGUACCCUCGCUCUGGAAAAACGACCCAUCAGGCCUCGCAGACCGCAAAGCCAACAUAUCAUCGUUUGGCGUUCUUGGUGCGGCGUUCGGCUCCUUAAUCGCCCUUGCUCUCACCGACAGACUGGGUCGAUUACGAUGCUGGCAACUGUUUGUUGUACUAUGGGCUAGCGGUAUCUUCAUGCAGGUCUUUUCGUCUGGUAUUGUUGGCUUCAUGCUAUUUGCCAGGAUUUGGGGAGGGUUGGGGUCCGGAGGACUUACCGUCGUUGCACCCCUGUAUCUCUCCGAGAUUGCUCCUGCAAAGACCAGAGGAAUUAUUGUCAGCAUGUAUAUGGUGCUGCUUCUCACAUUCCUGUCGAUUGGCUUCUUCAUUAAUUAUGCUGUGAACGGCACUAUGCCCGUCGGUGCUGCUCAAUAUCGCCUUGUCCAGGCUAUACCGCUCAUUCCUGUUGGAAUUGCUUUCAUAUGUUCGUUUUUCCUGUCCGAUACGCCUCGAUGGCUAGCAUCCAAAGACCGUGGCCAGGAGGCUCUUGCGGUUCUUGAACGUCUUCGCCACUCUGAUAAAAGCGACCCUGCUUUGUCCCUGGAAUAUGAAGAAAUCCAGCAGCAAAUACAGCUGAGACAGCAAAACCUUGCUGGAGUCCCAAUAUGGACAAUUUUCAAAGAGGUUGCUACGAUAUCGACUUAUCGCAAACGUUUCUUACUGGGCGCUGCUAUGCAAACUGUUGCACAGUGGAGCGGAGGAAACGGAAUUACUUAUUAUAUUCCCGAGAUUUUCACCUACGCAGGCGUAGUUGGAACCAAUACCUCUCUAAUCACCUCGGGGGCAUACGGCAUUGUGAAGCUUGUGUUUACAAUGGUGUUUACCUGGGGUCUUGUCGAUGUAUUUGGACGCCGCCGAUGCAUGCUUACUGGCCUCGGACUUCAAUGCAUUACCCACAUCUACAUGUCAAUAUACAUGUCCAUCUUCGCGGACUCCGGCAACAAGUCAGCAUCCGAUGCAGCCAUCGCCUCGGUAUUCAUCUACGCUGUUGGAUGGUCAAUCGGUCUCUGCACAGUGCAGUACCUCUAUGGCACGGAAAUAUACCCCACGCGCAUUCGCAGCGUGUGCUAUGCAACAAACAUGGCCCUGCACUGGUUCUUCCAAUUUGCCGUGGUGCGCGUAACGCCAAAUAUGUUCGUGAGCCUUGAUGUUUGGGGCGCGUAUAUUUUCUGGGCGAUAGUCUGCGCUGUUGGAUUCGUCCUGCUUGGUAUUUGGGCCCCUGAAACAAAGGGGAUUCCAAUGGAAAGAAUGGAGGAGCUGUUUGACGGCCCCUGGUGGAUGGGCUGGCGUGCUAAGGUCGAUUUGUCAGAGGUCGGCGUGGAGAACCAUGCAAGAAAUGAAAAGGAGAAGCUUGCCAAUAGAGAUAGAGAAGUUGUAGGUUAGAUUUCAUGUGGGAG